CAUCAUGUCCAUCAAGCCAAUUGCGCGCUAAAGUGUCGCUGUCCAGUUUAUAAAGCAUCCUCGAUGUCUGUUCUACCUGCAAGUUGCCUUAGAUAGGUUGCUACUUCCUCACUGCUAGUAUGCUCGGUCCCGUCCCCUCACCCUCAUCCGUGCCGGAACCCCCAGCCUCCAGACCUGGCGACUCACCAGCCCUUGAAUCAACCAUUCCAAUCAUUGAUAUACGAUCCACCGCUUGCUCCGUCACAGUCGCAGCUCUGGAAGAGGGCAUUCGCGCUGGUGUUCUUGCUGGUUUCUCUAGGCCAUAUAAUGAGAAAGAGCUCCCAAACUUGUUGCUGUACAACGAAGAGGGCCUGCGCCUGUUCGAACAGAUAACCUACCAGCCAGACUACUACCUCACCGGGUUAGAAAUCGAUAUCUUAUCUCGCUACGCACAUCAAAUCGCCGAUUCCGUCCCGGACGGUGCAAUCCUCCUCGAACUUGGCGCUGGCGCCCUCCGCAAAACAGCCCUAAUUCUAGAUGCCUUGGAGGCUCAAGGUAAAGCUGUGACGUACUUCGCGCUUGACUUGGACAAGCCGGAGCUGCUCCGAACUCUUGCGGAAUUGAAAGAUCGUUACACCCAUGUCAGCCUUGCCGGCUUGUGGGGUACCUACGAUGACGGUUGUACUUGGCUAAAGCAAAUCAAAGAGCGUCCGAGGAUUAUCCUAUGGCUAGGCUCUUCUGUCGGCAAUAUGACACGGAAGGAAGCUGGCCAGUUCAUUCGCACCUUUGGGGAUGUUCUGGCCCCUAGGGAUCGCUUUAUUAUCGCCAUUGAUAGUAGAUACCACAAGCUCGACGACAUCCGUGCUGCGUAUAACGACAGGGCAGGCGUCACUCGCCGCUUCGCUCUCAACGCAUUGGGUAACAUUAACGACUUGUUCAAUGCUAACGUCGUAGAUGUCUCGUGCUUUGAUUACAACCCCUAUUACAACGAGAUACAGGGCCGGAACGAGGCCUAUUUCCGCUGUCUGAAAGAGACCCAAUUUAAGAUCCCAUCAGAAACACCUAUUCUUGUCCACGAAGGGGAAUACAUCCGUUUCGCGUUCUCCCACAAAUAUGACCGCGUCGAGGGGCAGAUGUUAUGGACCGCUGCCGGGGCAUAUCCUGUUCAGGAGUGGGCGUCCCGAGACGGCGAUUACGCGUUGACGAUGCUCUCAUGGGCAUCGUGAGAUCACUGUAGGCAAGCGACAGCCGAGACCUGCUCUUGCGAUUAUGAAAAUGUGGUUCAUUUUGACUCAUGUGUGAUUUGGCGGUCUCCACUGGGCGGCUUUGGAAGUGGAUCGUAGAGUCAAAGGUUCGAGGAAAUGUCACUCCGGCUUCACCCAAAACGUCUGGUCGAGACUAGUGAUUUGGGGCGGUGUGAGAGCAGGGGAAGAGCGAUGCUGAGGCCUCGAGGAAUCAAAUCGGCAAAUUGUUAGGUCACCGACUCUACAGGGAUGCGCCAUUUUGG